AUGGGAGAGGCUCUUUUUUCAGUAGAUAACUUCAUCCACUAUAUGACCGUCUCGUUGGAAAUGCUUAUGAAUGAGGUUCCCCGUAUGAUUGUGAACGUGGUUCAGAUCCUCCCCAUGCAGACUUUGAGGGAGGUGCAGAAGCCCACCCCAGGGUGUUUGCUCCAGCGGUCUUUCUGCUCGUGCCUGAUAGAGCCAGUAGCCAGAUCUCCUGAACUGCGGGAGCUGGUGGAGGUCAAUCUGGAAUUCCAGAAAAGACUCGAGAAGCUGCUGUACAGCGACCGCUUCUUCAGGGACGACUUCGCCGUUGUUCUCCAGCCCUUUUUGAAGAACGCGGACCCGCCCCGCCUCCCGAACGGGAAGAUCGAUAUGACUUUCUUCACUCACGACUGCUUCCACUUUACCAUAAAGGGACAUGAGGAGCUGGCCAAGGGACUGUGGAACAACAUGUUUCAGCCCGAGGGAGAAAAGACGAUUGUGAGCAGCUUCUCUGACCCCAUCACUCUCAUCUGUCCGCCUAUGGAACACCCAUAUAUCUUCACUCGACCGAUCGCAGCCAAGUCAGACCAACCUACCCUCCAGACUGACGCUCCAUCACCAGCAGUCAUCUUCCUGCUGCUCCUCCUGGCACAGUUUGGAGUUAUGUAG